GGUCUUCAAGAAAGCCAGUCCCAAUGGAAAGCUCACUGUCUAUCUGGGGAAGAGAGACUUUGUGGACCACGUGGACUUCGUAGACCCUGUCGACGGUGUCAUUCUCAUCGACCCGGAGUACCUGAAAGAGAGGAAAGUUUUUGUGACUCUGACCUGCGCCUUCCGUUAUGGUCGGGAGGAUUUGGACGUCCUGGGACUGACGUUUCGGAAAGACCUGUUUCUAGCAAACAUUCAGGCAUUUCCUCCAGUUCCUGAAGAGAAGAAGACCCUGACUCGCCUUCAAGAACGCCUGAUUAAAAAACUGGGAGAACAUGCGUACCCGUUUGUUUUUGAGAUUCCUCUGAAUCUACCGUGCUCCGUCACCCUACAGCCAGGACCCGAGGACACCGGGAAGGCGUGCGGGGUGGACUUCGAGGUGAAGGCGUUCUGUGCAGAAAAUGCUGAAGAAAAGAUCCACAAGAGGAAUUCGGUGCGUCUGGUGAUCAGGAAGGUCCAGUACGCUCCGGAGAAGCCCGGGCCGCAGCCCACGGCGGAGACCACGCGGCAGUUCUUGAUGUCGGACAAGCCGCUGCACUUGGAGGCGUCUCUGGAUAAGGAGAUUUAUUAUCACGGGGAACCCAUCAGUGUCAAUGUGCAUGUGACCAACAACACCAACAAGACAGUAAAGAAGAUGAAGAUCUCAGUGCGACAGUACGCAGACAUCUGCCUGUUCAACACGGCGCAGUACAAAUGUCCGGUGGCCGUCGAGGAGUCAGAUGACGUCGUUGCUCCCAGCUCCACCUUCUGCAAAGUCUUCACACUCACGCCCUUCCUGGCCAACAACCAGGAGAAGCGUGGCCUUGCUCUGGAUGGAAAGCUGAAGCACGAGGACACAAACCUGGCGUCCAGCACCCUCCUGAGAGACGGCGCCAACAAAGAGAUCCUGGGCAUCAUCGUGUCCUACAAGGUCAAAGUGAAGCUGGUGGUGUCACGCGGCGGGAUCCUGGGAGAUCUGGCUGCCAGCGACGUGUCUGUGGAGCUUCCGUUCACCCUGAUGCACCCCAAGCCUCUGGAGGAGUCCUUCUACAGAGACGCUCCAGAUGAGGCUCCGAUCGACACAAACCUGAUCCAGUUUGACACAAAUGACGAUGACAUCAUCUUUGAAGACUUUGCGCGGCAGCGGCUGAUCGAAGCGAAAGACGAGGAGGACGAGGAGCCGGUGGACUCGCCCAAACUGGAGGACAGAUAAAGACCAGCCGAUCCGGCGCCGCUGCAGUUGCGGCGUGGAGCUAACGGAGUUUAACCCACAGUCUGGACACCCUGCUGGUGGUGCCGUGUUCGUGUGUUGUUCAUGUCCGUCCUCUUUCUGCGUCCUGCAGGCCGUACGAAGCUAGUAUCCUGCAGCCCGGUUCCUGACGGAGGCGCUCUCCUCCAACAUGAGGCUACCGCCGUGGCCGCGGCGGGAAGCAUGCCUCAAGUCUCUUUCUUCAGCCUUUUUCCACUACGGACCAAAACGCAGUCCAGUUUUGUUGAGUUUCGCCUCAGGAGGUCUUUGGCGCUGCCGGAUCCGGAUGAUCUCUACAUGAGUUCUGAAGGACCGGUUGACCCGUGGAGACAUGCAUGAAGUGUACUGUAGUUCCUAUGAUCUGUUCUGUCAUGAAUAUUCAGUGUUUGUAAAACUGUUCUGCACAUAAACCAGAGUCCAGGUCAAACGUUUAACCACAGCAGGCAGUGCUGGACCGGUUCUGUUCUGAUCCGUUUGGUUCCUGAAGUUCAUUUUUAAACCCGUUUGUGUCCCAGUCAAAGUUUUAUGACGUUUCAGUGAUUGAAGAACUUGGAUUUUUUAUUAUUUAACCUCAACUUUUCAUGCUUUGAAGUCAUGUGACCUCCAGACUUACCUGGGGGGUAAAUAGCUCAGAAACAAAGGUGGGUCUGUUACUGUUAACGAGGUUUUCAAUUAGCUGAAAAACAAACAAUAAAGAUGUGAAGCAAAGUGUC